AUGGCUUUGUUGAAGAAGUCUCUCCUGGCGCUCUUUGGCGCUGGGUUACUCCCUUCAGCGUUGGCUAAAUUGGUCAAGUUUGACUUGGAUUUGACCUGGCAGACAGGCUCGACAAAUGGCAAUCCACGCGAGAUGGUUUUCAUGAACGGAGAGUUUCCCGGUCCUCCGUUGAUCCUGGACCAAUAUGAUGACGUCGAGUUUUACGUUUACAACCACUUGCCCUUCCAGGUCACUGUCCACUUUCAUGGAAUUGAGAUGCUGAACACUCCCUGGUCGGAUGGAGUACCUGGGCUAUCGCAGAAGCCCAUCGAGCCCGGAGACUCGUUCAUCUAUAAAUGGAAAGCUACACAAUAUGGAACUUACUGGUAUCACUCCCAUGCUCGGACGACGUUGAUGGAUGGACUUUAUGGACCGAUCUGGAUCAACCCUGCCCCCGGGACUCCAAACCCUUUCCACUUGAUCUCAAAUGAUACCGAGGACUUGGAAGCCAUGCACAAGGCAGAGAGCAACCCCAAUCUUAUGACUUUGUCUGAUUGGUCCCACUUGACUUCAGAAGAGUUCCAGGCAAUUCAGAUCGACAGUGGAAUGGACCUUUUCUGCAUGGAUAGUAUCCUGAUCAAUGGUCGAGGAAGUGUUUAUUGCCCGGGAGAAGACUUCAUUGCCAGCUUGGAGACCGAUUAUCUCAAGGGUGCAAUUGACAACCAGCCAUUGACAGACAAAGGAUGCUACCCUAACAUUUACAAGACACAGGGUGAUUUCCCCAACGAUGAGUCGAAGAUUCCUGCGGGAGUCAAUUCUGGCUGUGUCCCAGCCGACGGGCCAAAGGAAGUCAUUGAGGUCGAUGCCGCUGAUGGGUGGGCAAGUUUCAAAUUCAUCAGCGCAGCAUCCCUAAAGUCACUCAUUGUGUCCAUUGACGAGCACCCAAUGUGGAUCUACGAAGUUGACGGCCAUUAUAUCGAGCCACAGCUUGUCCACAUGAUGUCCAUGUUCAACGGUGAACGUUAUUCGGCCAUGGUCAAGCUCGACAAAACACCCAAGGACUACACGAUCAGAGUUCCCGACACCAACGGUGAUCAGAUCAUCUCUGCGUUUGCAACCAUGAGAUAUAAGGGGGGGCAAGAUCUCGGGGAGUCGAAAGGCUACGUUGACUAUGGCGGACAGAACACAACUGCCGACGUUAUCCCACUGGAUUUGAAGACCCUGUGGCCAUACCCUCACAUUCCCAUUGCUCAACACGCCGACCAGUUGAUCAACCUGACAAUGGGCCGCAUGAACAGCUCGUACCAGUGGACUCUCGAAGGCAGUGCACUCUACGACAUUGAGGCCAAUUAUGACCACCCGAUCCUGCAUGAUCUGUCAGCCCAGCAGUACGAGCCAGAACGACUUGUUAUCUCAACCAAGAACGGAACUUGGGUGGAUGUCCUUCUGCAACUGGGAGUAUUUCCUCACACUCCCCCGAUCCAAGCGCCUCAUGUCAUCCACAAGCAUUCAAACAAGGCCUUCAUCAUUGGAUUUGGUGUUGGGUUCUUCAACUGGACCACUGUCGAUGAAGCAAUCGCUGCACAGCCAGACUCUUUUGAGCUUGAGCACCCUCAGCUGAGAGACACUUUCGUAUCCAACGGUCCUACUGGCCCCGCUUGGAUGCUCAUCAGGUAUCCCGUUGUCAACCCAGGCCCUUUCUUGAUGCACUGUCACAUUGAGACCCACUUGGGUAAUGGAAUGGGUGUUGCUCUACUUGAUGGCCCCGAAAGCUGGCCACAGGUGCCACCAGAGUACGCUAUCUAA